UAUGUUAUAUAUUGUAUUUGUUUUUUGUAUCUUGUCACUUUAUUGUUCUUCAGUUACCUAAAAUACUAAGUUGCUUAAGAAUUCAAUUUGAAAAAAUAUUUAUGCAUUUUGUACAAAAUUUUCUUACGUUUGUCGCGUUGAUAAAUUUUUCUAAUGGAGGAUUAAACGAGCUAUGUGAACUAAUUGAUUUCUAUUCGAAAAAAGAAUUCUUUCAUUGCUUUGCUUAUGAUGAAUAUGGGUGUUGGUGUGGGCCAGGUGGCUCUGGAAAACCAGUGGAUAAAGCAGAUGGUUGCUGCAAAAGGCAUGACCACUGCUACGAUCGUAUACUGAGCAAAAAAGAAUGCAACCCAUAUAUAGCACAAUACUCUUUUGAUAAAGACAAAUGUUUAAAUGAAAACGGAACUUGUUUACGAGAAAUAUGCGAAUGUGAUCAAGCAAUUUCAAAAUGUUUGAGUAAACAAAAUUAUAAUAGAAAAUUUUAUGGAUAUCGAUUGCUUCACAAAUGUUAAAGGAUGUUUUGGACUAUGUAAAGGAUAUCGUGUUUGGUUAUGAUUUUCUUUGAUAUGUAAACAAUUUAUGAUUUUUCUCUGAUAUGUAAACAAAAUAUUUUGAAGUUAUGUGUAUCUUUUUUUUUUUGAAUGUUUAAAAUGAAAAAGAUUUUGAAUAA